AUGACCGAAACUACUACUGGAGCGAAUUCAAACUACACGUUGCGAAGAAAUCGCCCAGGAACAAAGCUCGAAGUAUCUUAUCAGCUUAUUUGUAUGAGAAAUUUAAGCCUCCUAUAUAGUAUAGGGUCUUUAAAACUUGACUCGGCCUUCGCUCUGCAGGAAUAUUUGCAAUCUCUGAUAAGAAAGGACAAGGAAAAUUUAGAUUUAUUGGUUGAAUUACCCCCGGACCAAGACCCAGAGACUUGGCAAUAUGAACACCUAAGGCAACUAUGUUUAGAACUAAAUUAUCUGAUCGUGCAACUUGAAACGGAAUGCAAUCGACAAUCCUGCCCCGAGAUGAAAGCCGAUGAAUGGAUGUAUUUAUGCGCAGCGCAUCAGACUCCAAUGAAUUGCUGUGCAAUAGAUUAUAUGGUUCAUGCCUUGGAUGGAGCGACAAGUGUAUUGAAUAGUCACAAGCAUUUUCCAAGCAGGAUAACAAUAUCUGAUACGUCGGUAAAACAUUAUCAAUCUAUAGCGAGAAGACUUUACAGAAUAUUUGCUCACGCUUGGUUUCACCACCGAGAAAUUUUCGAAUCCUUCGAAAACGAAACCUUUUUAUAUGGGCGUUUUUUGAAACUCUGUGAUCGUUAUGGAUUGGUGGCAAAAAACCUUUUAAUCAUACCUCAAAACAAUGUUGAAGAAGAUCCCAAUGGUAGUGAAGUGUCUACGAAAAUUUUAGCGGCCACUUAA